AGACAAGGUGAUACAUAAGGAACGCGUGAAAUUUGCGACUUGGGACUCACGCAGGAACAGUGACCAGCGGCCCAAUCCCCCAGAGUCUGGAUCCACGUCUCGAUUGACAGACGGUCUGAACAAACAACUGCACCACAACAUAAUGCACAAGCUGCAAGGAGACAGAGAUAUGAUGUCGUGAUGAUGCCAUAGUAUUGCAGGCACGAAGGACGCGGUCGCCCUCCACUUCCACUCCCGUCCUCCGCUCCUUUGCUCCUAGCCAUAAUGGCGUCCCUAUUGUGAGCUCCGACCUGCGCACACUAUGUGCCUCGCCCAUCGCAAGCCAUACAAACUCAAGUAGGCCCGUCAACACCACUUGCCAUGUGAUCGAAACCAAACGCUACACAUAGCGCAAGUCAAUAUACUUUUGUGGUAGUAUACAAUACACCCUGCAUUUCCGCUAAAUCAUCGCUAUGCUUGCUCACAAGCAAGCGAGCCCUCGCCACCGUGGCGAGACGCGCUGCUCUCGUCGACAUGCUGCUUUCCGACCAGCUCGCGUAUUGAAGGCGCAUCGUGACCAAGGGCCACUUGAUCAACAGCGUCGCGAGGACAGCGAGGGGCCCAGCUCGUCGGGUUCAGGGCAACAGCAUGGGUGGUGGAAGCAGCUGGGUGCUGUGGGCUGCAGUGCCGCUACUGCGGCGGCGUUGACUCUGGGUGGUAUGCUUGCACCCGAGGAUCUGGGCGGGCGGGCCGCGGGGCCGCUGGGUGGGCCGCAGGCGGCUCAGGCGGUGACGUCGGAGCAGCUGCUGUUCUUGGAGGCCUGGCGCGCCGUGGACCGGGCGUAUGUGGACAAGGGGUUCAACGGCCAGUCCUGGUUCAGGGUCCGCGAGGCCUACCUGAAGAAGGAGCCCAUGGAGGACCGCGACCAGACCUACGCCGCCAUCCGCAAGCUGCUGGCCUCGCUGGAUGACCCCUUCACACGGUUCCUGGAGCCUGCGCGGCUGGCCCGGCUGCGCGGCGACACCGAGAAGAGCGAGGUGACGGGCAUCGGCGUGGAGGUGUCGUUCACGGAGGAGGCGGGAGGGCCCAGCCAGAGCGUGCUCAAGGUGGUGGCGCCCACGGAGGGCGGCCCCAGCGAGCGCGCGGGCGUGCGACCCGGCGACGUGAUUGCGGCGGUGGACGGCAAGUCCACCCGCGGCAUAUCGCUGUACGAGGCGUCGGACCUGCUGCAGGGGCCAGCCGGCAGCAGCCUGACGCUGACGCUGCAGACGCCCGGCAAGGACGGAAAGCUGGGGGCGCCGCGGGAGGUGCAGCUGGUCAGGGAGAAGGUGGUGUUCAGGCCGGUGUCGUACGCCACGUGCUCGGGCGUCAGCCCCUCCUCCGGGGUGGGCGCCGGCAAGGAGGGCGGCGGCAAGGUGGAGUACAUCCGCGUCACCACCUUCAACAACAGCACCGUGGACGGAGUGGUGGCAGCCAUGAAGGAGGGCAAGGCGGCGGGUGUGGACGGCCUCAUCCUAGACAUGCGAAACAACGGCGGCGGCUCAUUCCCAGCCGGCGUGCAGGUGGCCAAGCUGCUGCUGCCUGGCGGCGACAUCGUGCUGAUCUCGGACUCCAACGGCGUGCGCGACAUCUACUCGGCCGACAAGUCCCUCAACCUGGACACAACCACCCCGCUGUCGGUGUGGGUCAACAAGGGCACCGGCAGCGCGUCAGAGGUGUUGGCUGGCGCGCUCAAGGACAACGGGCGCGGCACCAUUGUGGGCGAGACCACCUUCGGCAAGGGCCUUAUUCAGACCGUGGUGAACCUCAGUGAUGGCAGCGGACUGGCAGUCACUGUCGCAAAGUACCAGACGCCAUCGGGCCUGGACAUCAACAAGAUUGGCAUCACCCCCGACAUCCGCAUCAGCCCCGAGUCCCUGGCGGUGGGCGGGGAUGCCGUGUGCCGCCAGUUGGCUGAGCCCGCGGCGCCCCGCAUCUUCGGGUAGCUCCCGAGGAAUGGCAGCUAGGUGACGUGCCGUGUCCGUCGUGGCCGGUGGGGUGGGCGGCUGACCGCGAAGUCUGGACUGGGACUGGGCCUGAGGGUGGGGACUUGCUAAAAUUGUGGCGGCAUGGGUGGCCGCUGCACAUGGCGCUGUUUGUGGUGUGUGUGCGGAGGAAGGGCGGCUGCGGCCAAGUAAUCAAGUAAUGGGAUGACAAGGAGAAGGAGGGGCUUGGCACUGCGGAGAGCUUGUGAAGUGGUGAACAUGCAAUGCAGCCAGCGCUUGGGCCGCAGGCGGGUCCGGCAGCACCCCCUGCUGGCAGCCGCGGUCCGUUCUCCUGGUGUGGAGCCCGUGGAAGGAGGCGGUGAGGCGGGUGGAGCGUGCGCGGCCCGAUAGUCCAGCACCUGUGCCCGUGCAGGGCACGCGGCGGUGGCGCGGUGCCGGAGGGUGGAAAUCUCAUGUUAAUUGGAAGGUGUGCGAGCCGGGUUGAGUACAGUGCUGCUGGUGGUGGGGGGGUGGGGUGGAGAUUGUGCCACUGUCCCGAUGCCGUUGUUGGGAGCAGGAGUUGAACCGGCUCCAUCCUGUUGAACCGCCGCAAUUUAUACUCGGCACAUAAAUUCUGCUUUGGAGUUGCGCCCUGUUGACUAUCAUGACCGAGAC